UAGGAGGUAUUGAAGGGUGUCUUUCCAAGUUAAAAGCAGCAGAUCCAAAUUUUACUUAUGUUGUAAUUUACUGAUAUCCGUAGUAAUGGGACAUGUAAUUGCUAAUGGACUGGAGCUUAUUGGCACUGGAAGCUCAGUGCGGCUCAACAAAGAUCUGGGCAGUGCGAUGAAAACAAUGAUGACGCUAUCAAGAUCUCAGCCUCUGACUGAGCGGGAGAAACUUCACGUAUUGGCGUUGGACAUGUUUGCCAGUGGACAGCUUCCAAAAGCUUGUGAUGUAUGGGAACAGAUUCUACAGAACCAUCCAACUGAUCUGCUAGCCCUGAAAUUUUCCCAGGACACUUACUUCUACCUGGGAUAUCAUAUACAGAUGCGGGAUUCUGUUGCUCGGGUUUUUCCUUUUUGGACACCUGAAGUUCCUCUAAGCAGCUACGUGAAGGGCUACUAUUCUUUUGGACUCAUGGAAACAAACUUUUUUGAUCGUGCUGAGGAGCUUGCCCAUGAGGCUUUGGAUAUAAAUCGGACAGAUGCAUGGUCCGUUCAUACUAUAGCUCACAUAAAUGAAAUGAAAGCAGAGGUGGAGAAAGGGUUAGCAUUCAUGAAGGAAACAGAAGACAACUGGAGGAACAGUGAUAUGCUUGCUUGCCAUAAUUACUGGCACUGGGCUUUAUACUUCAUAGAAAAGGGGGAAUAUGAGGCUGCUUUAACAAUUUACGACAAUCAUAUUGCUCCUCGGCUCCUGUUGAGUGGAAGCAUGCUGGAUAUAGUAGAUAGCUCUUCAAUGCUGUACAGGCUUCAUCUGGAAGGUGUAAAGCUUGGAGACAGGUGGGACAAUGUCCUCAAACGUACAAAGAAGCACACCAAAGAUCACGUUCUUCUUUUUAAUGAUGUACACAUCUUGAUGUCCUCACUUGGAGCCAAAGACCACAAAACUACUGAUGAGCUUUUAACAACUCUUCAAGAACUUGCCAAAGUACCUUGUGAAGACCAUGAGCUUUCUCUGGCUCCUAGUGUGGGGUUGCCAUUAUGCCAGGCUUUUGUGGAGUUUGAAAAUGGAAAUUGUGACAAAGCUGUAGAUCUGCUGUACCCAAUCCGUUACCAACUAAUCCAACUAGGAGGCAGUAAUGCUCAGAGAGAUAUUUUCAGCCAGUUAUUGAUUCAUGCUGCUUUAAACUGUAAAUCCCAAGCCAAACAAAACCUUGCUAAGUGCCUCCUGAGAGAACGUGAUGUGAUGAGACCAAAUUCACCGAUGACGGAACGACUUAUAAGGAGGGCAUCAGCUGUUCAUUCAAUGGCAUAAAUCUGUCCUCAAUGCUAGCAAUAAGCUUAACAAUCAAAGUCUGAGUGCUGGGAGUGGAGGGAUGCUAUGCUGUAAACCAUGCUAGAGAGUACAUAGGAGCAAGAGAUCUAAUGACAGCUUACAUGGAAGAUAUAACCUGAAAUGCAACAGCUUUAUAUCUUGGAUGAUUCCACAAUGAAAUUAGAAGAUUACCUGCUUGUAAUGCACAGUUAUCUGAAUCUUCUUGGGACACUGCUUUUCUAGUAUAUUUUCUUUAAGGUUCCUUCUGACCAUACUAAUAUUCAGUGCAGUAGUAGUGCCUGGCUUUCAGUCAUUCAUUGGCCCAGUUUGCUACUUCAUUAAUAUGUUAAAUUAUCAGUAAACUUUUCAGAUAAUUCAAAUGGACCUUCUCAGCAUAAAAAUAGGAAAGCAUGGGGCCAGAGCCAAUACGGUGUCAAGCUCCCACUCCAUUAAGACUUGACUUACCCUGGCAUUACAGAUCUGAUUGCCUUCAGAAUCUUUUUCCAGGUGCAUAUUUUUUAACUCCCUCUUAAAAAAAAGUUAGAUUUUUUUCCUGUCAGUAUGUUGCCUCACAGAUUCUUGGAAUUAGUAUGUGAAUGAAACCAGACAACAGGGACAAUAGCUGACUGCUGGAUUGGACUAUUUUAAUGUGGAUACUUACUUGGCACUUUUAAGUAUGUUAGGAAAAAGUGAAAGCCUGAAUUUCAGCUAAAACAGUGCUAUCUCUGAAUGGUAGUUGGGGCUAGAAUCUUAGCGCUUUCCUUAGCUUUGGGGAAGUCAGGCCUUACUACCAUCUCAACAGCACGCCAUGUUCGCAAAGCAGAGUCUAAAACUAAUUUUCAUGCACUUUGUAGGGACACUGGACAUCUCAGUGCAGAUAAAGACUGGAAGGGAGCUCUCACGAAAAGAGAGCUCAUAGUAAGUGACACAAAGCUUUAUCCUGGUACAAAUGAUGUGACAGGCUUUGGUGCUGCAAAUAAGGCACAAUAUGAACUGUAAUGCUUUGAGAGUCUCUGGUGCCUCUGGAUUUCUGCCUCUGCAGUGUAGCGGAAGUAACAUGUUGUCUUACAGCAGUGAUCUGGAAAUCCCUAGUGGAAAGAAGAUAGUAUUUCAAAGCAAAUAUAAGGCCUCCUCUUCCUGUUCCAGAAGAUAAAUGUUUCCCUCUUUAACUACCUAAGCUCUGGCAUCUGGAAGCACUCCUGGACACAUACGUGCCUGCGCCUCCUUCCAGCUCAGGCUCUUCCCCAUGUCCCACAGCAGCCCCUUCUCACAUGUAAUCCUUUUGGUGCAAAGCGCUUGUGUAGCUGGUCCUGCACUUACCCUGGAGUUCCUACAUAUACACUUGAAAUGCGCAACUGUCUUACUGCCAGCCUUCUUCCUUCAUUUGAGGAAAAAAUAUUUUAGCUAUAGGUCAAUGACAAUCUGUGAAACCAUGUAAAAGGCUUGCAGCCUUUUGAAUCCUGGGGAGAGUCAUAGUUCCCAGCAUAUCAGAUAAGUCAGUAUGACUGCCAGACAUGGCACAGCUUAUUUUUAUUUUUAGUUUGUGCAUUUCAAGCAGUGACUUCGGGCAAAUAAAUUUUUACUCAACAAAUGUAAGAAAUCUUACUAGGCAACAAAAGCCUGAGAAAUCUACUGCCUGCUUACAAAAUGUCUAUCUUAAGCAAUGAGUUGCUGGAUAAAUCUAAGAAUGACAUUUUUAGUACUUCUGAUGUAAUAUGAUUUAGAAUUUCGUCUGUUUUACAUCAAUAAAUUCAAGGAUGAGCUCAGCUAAGCAACAA